CGAUAUUUUUAAUAAACAACGUAAAUCUUUGUUUUAUUCCUACAUUUAUAUCUACGCUCACUCGAACUGAGAGGAAUGCUUGGGAAAUGUAGUUUAUAUUUCACACAAACGCUUCGACUAGAAUCGACGAUUAAACUACAACUCCCAUCGUCCCUUUCGUCUAACUGGAUUGCGCCCGUUCCGUUAAAGCUACCAUGUAAUGUUUACUUCUUCGGAACAACGGCGUGUCUUCUUGUGUUAACAGCACUGAAUCAGAUGCCGCAUCCGAUGUGCUAUAAACCAUCUACUCGCUUAUUCACACGUUAAAGCGCAGGAACCCGUGACAGUCGGUGGAUUAUCCUGCGCCAGAGCUCCGUGUUUGUAAUGGCGAUGUUCCGCAAUUUUGUGUCCGCUGCUCAGCUCAGACAGCAGCAUCAGCAGCAAAAUGGAGCCGCUGCAGCCGCACCUGGAGAGAGUCUGGAGAGUCAGUUCUCCUGUCCCAUCUGUCUGGAGGUCUACCACAAACCUGUCAGCAUCGCCAGCUGCGCCCAUACUUUUUGUGGCGACUGUCUUCAGCCGUGUCUGCAGGUCACAUCACCGCUCUGUCCUCUCUGCCGUAUGCCCUUCGAUCCAAAGAAAGUGGACAAAUCCUCCAGCGUGGAGAAACAGCUCUCUUCAUAUAAAGCCCCGUGCAGGGGUUGCAGCAAAAAGGUCACUUUGGUCAAAAUGAGGUCGCACAUCUCAUCUUGCACAAAGGUUCAGGAACAGAUGGCCAAUUGCCCAAAGUUUAUGCCAGUGGUCCCCACCUCACAACCCAUUCCCAGUCCACAGACCCCCUCAGUACCUUCAAAGACCCUCAGCAAUAUUCCAAACCGUUCCACAUUUGUGUGUCCUUACUGUGGCGCUCGCAACCUGGACCAGCAGGAGCUUGUGAAGCACUGCAUGGAAAACCAUCGCAAUGAUCCCAACAAAGUGGUGAGUGUCAAAAAAUCAUCCAAGACUUCUUCUCAACCCUCCAGCUCCUUCAAGUCAUGCAGUAAAGCAGCGGUUUGUCCAGUAUGUUCUGCAAUGCCCUGGGGUGACCCCAGCUACAAGAGCUCCAACUUUCUGCAGCAUCUUCUCCACCGACACAAGUUCUCCUACGACACAUUUGUGGACUACAGUAUCGAUGAAGAAUCAGCACUUCAGGCCGCUCUGACCCUUUCACUGUCUGAGAACUGAGUGUGAAGUCUCAUCCUGCUCCACAAACUCAGACCAUCAGCUUUCAUCUGUCUGUCUCCUUCAUUCCUCCUGUCACUCUACCUCUCUUCUUCUUCUCUGUAUUUCUGAGCUACGCCCAUAAGUAGCUGCACGUAAUUCCUCAGCAGACGUUUCACUUCCUGUUUCUUCAGAAGUGGGAGGGGCUUCUGGUUAUUUAUCGCCGUCAUAACAUUCAAACCUGUAUGCAAAUAGGCAAAAAAGGAAACGGUAAAUUUCACCAUGCUUGUUUUGGUUCUUCCUUAUUUUCUCUUUAUCCAAAUAUGGACAGAUUGCACAGAAACGCCUGUGAUUCAGUUUGGCGAGGUCAUCGCUCCAGAUGUAAAGGAUAAAUCACUCAAAGCUGAAUGUUCUGUCACAUUUUAUUUGCAUGCCAUUUGAUGGCCAAUUUUGUCUCCAAUUUGUAGUAAAACUUCUUCCCAGCAAGCAAUUUUAUGUUUAAAAGACGAAUAGCCAUAAAUGCCGUCCAAACACAAGCCAGAUGUCGAGGCUAAAACAAGGCAAAAUUUGGCCUGUCUUUAAAAAUUAAAUAAACAUCUUGCCAUAGCUUGAAAAUAAAUGAAAUCAAACACUUUGUAUUCACUGUUGACUUUGCUUACAGGUUAAUUUGGCAAAAACAACAUUUAACCAAAUUCAAGUUUAUUUUGGCUCAUAGACGGACUACAUGUGACCGCAAAACCAGUCACACAGGUAUAUUUGUAGAAAAAGCCAAAAAUCCAUUGCAUUGGACAAAAUUAUAGAUUUUUCACGACAGUUAAAAUAAUAUUAAACAUUGUAACCGUAGUAAAGCAGUGGUUACCACAAAAUAACCAUGGUUUUGUAAUGCAUGGUUUUCAAAAAGCAUAGUCAAAACCAUGGUUACUGUAGUAGUACUUUUUGUAAGGGUAUAUGGCAAAAAUCAUUAGGAUAUUAAGUAAAGAUCAUGUUCCAUGAAGAUAUUUUGCAAAUUUCCUACCGUAAAUAUAUCGAAACUUGGCCAACAAAAUUGCCAACAAAGUUUGGUUUUUAUGUAUCCCCAUUCAGUCCACAAGGUCAUUACAGCAGUAAGCCAGUAGAGAGCGCUAAACAAACCUUUUUUUAACCUUUCUUACUUAGUAUUUUGGUCUCGUUUUUAGUAGAAAUGUCUAAAAAUUCUUAAAUUAAGAUGCUUUUUCUUGAUGAGCAAAGAAAAUAAGUCUAGAUUUUAGAUCAAAAAUAUACAAUUUAAGUGAAUUUGUGCUUAAAGCAACACUAAAGAGUUUUUGCUCUUUGCUCCCCCUACAGGUUAGAAGCAUAAUUGCCCAUUACCACUGUCGUAAAUACUGCAGCAUGGCUGGCUCUGAUUGGAUUGUAGGUCUGCCAUAAAGCAAGUUUUUGUAGUUUUCACUCGAACUACAUGGCCGCGAUUCGACUUUGGUGCGGUUUUGGCCAAUAGAGGGCUGCAAAGCGAAUGUGAAAGUGCCGCUCAUCCUGUUUCGAGUAGAUGAACGACUGAAACUUUUUUGGAAACAUAAUUUAAGGUUAAAAAAACUAUUUGGUGUUGCUUUAAUACAAGCAAAAAUAUCUGCCAAUGGGGUGAGAAAAAAAACACUUUUUUCUUAAACACUUAAUUCAAGCUUAAUUUUCUCACCCCAUUGGCAGAUAAUUUUGCUUGUUUUAAGCACAAAUUGACUUAAAUUGUAUGUUUUUUGUCUAAAAACUAGACUUAUUUUCUUAGGUAAUUUUGCUCAUGAAGAUACAUUUAGAUUUAAGAUGUUUUAGAUAUUUCUACCUAAAACAAGACAAAAAUACUAAGUAAGAGAGUCAUUUUUUGCAGUGUAUGUGUUCAUUUGGACUUUGAACUUUAAAUGCAAUAUUCCAGAUUUUUAAUCUUUGUAUCUUGCAAAAUAUUGUCAUUUACUAACAAACUAUACAUCAGUAGAAAGCUAAUUUAUUUAGACUGCAAAAAUUACUUUCUUACUUUUUGUCUUGUUUUCUGUAGAAAUAACAAAGUCUUAAAUCAAGAUGUAUUUUCUUGAUAAGCAAAAUGACCUAACAAAAUAAGUCUUAGUUUUAGACGAAAAAUAGUCAAUUUAAAAAAAAAUUGUUCUUAAAACAAGCAAAAAAAUCUGUCAAUGAGAUGAGAACAUUUUUCUUGAUUUAGGUGUUUGAGAAAAAAGUAAACUCUUCAAGAUUUUUUUUACCCCAUUGGCAGAUUUUUUGCUUGUUUUAUUUUUGAUCUAAAAACUAGACUUAUUUUCUUAGGUCAUUUUGCUCAUUUUAAAAUCGUUAUAUUUGUAUUGAAAACAAGACAAAAAUACUAAGUAAGAAAAUCAUUUUCAUGUCAACUGUCCACAAGUCAUAACUUAAAAUAGUAUGUUGAAUUGACUUGUAAAACCAAGUUGUUUUAACUUCAUGCUGCCUUUUUUUACAUUGUGAUCUAAAAAAAACUGUUUUUUGGUCCAGGUCACAUAUAUCCGGUCUAUUAUAGUUAAUCUAGACGGUGAAAUGACGGCUAUUGCUUGCUGGGUUUUUUUUAUAUUUGCUUUAAAAAAAACUUUGUACAAAAAGAUUUAACGGGUUUGACGCAAGAUGAAAAUGACAGAACUGAUAUUUUUGGGUGAACUAUCUCUUUGUACUGGACUUGUUGAAUGAGUUAUGUUUGAUUGGCUGUCCUUUUGGUGAGCUCUCAUCUCUAGGCAAUACCAGUACAGAACAGAGAGAAUGAGAGACAUCUUAAAUAUCAUUUCUUGAACUGUCAAAGGCCUUUUUUAAAUCACCAGUUGUCGUUCUUUUAUAGUUAAAAAACUGAAUAUUGACCGAUGGGACUGCAUACUCUGCUCUUAACUUGCUACAGUAAUAUUUUCUAUGAAGCAUCAGAUGAGAUGAAAAUUUAUAUUUUUGGAAAAAGUUUCAGUUUUCAAUGGUGCACUAAUAAUAGGACCGUACGCUUCAAAAUGUGUGCUAAAUCGUUUUAUCCUUCGAUGUGUCUAUCAGUACUGUUCAUCUGUAUCGCUCACAGGUGCUGCUUUCAAGACCAAUGGGAAACUACAUUAUAAUAUAAAUAGAUGUGGAUGGAUAAUUAUAGACGGAUAUGUAUUUCUCUUAUUAUUAUUUUAGUAACAAAGACAGAAAGGUUUUUAGCAAUAGUACAUUGCAGAGCAGAAGGUUUGUGUUAGGUGUGUAGUUGACAUUUUAUCUGCGUUUUAACAUUUUUGUGAUAAGAAUGGCUGUGGUGUUAUCCGGCAAGCUUAACAAUUUUACUUUAAUUGGAGAGUAAAUCUUGUGAUUUUUAUGACAUUUUGGUGGCAUUGAUGAGGUUAAAAAUUUCAGGCAGUGCAGAAACAAAGAAAUCUAUGAAGUGGAACCGUGUGCAGUUACUACAUUUGACCACUAGGGGGCAGUACAACAUUGGCCAGUACUAAACAUAUAAAAUGACACUCAUAACAGCUCUGUACCAAUAAGCUGAGAAGCUCAAUUGUGUGUUAGAUCCAAAAUGUGCCGUAUUGGGGUAUCCAUGAUAGGGUUGAGAGUGCAGAUUAGGAAGGGACUACUAUAAUACUGUUUCUAUGGCUGAAGUAUAUAGUAUGCAUAUUGCAUACUGUGGCAAGCGUGCAAACUUUUCUGUACGCAUACCUGGUAGACUACUUUAACCAAAAUUGAUGAACUGGAAUUAAAAUGGAUCACUGCUGAAUGUUAAGAGAUUUAUAUUUAAAAUUGAAGUUUUAAAACAAUAAUUAAUGAAUCGGUCAUGUGACCUCAUAGCUGGCAGUAUUGAAUGCCAUGAAGUGUUGAGCAUUAAAUCCUCUUUCUCUUUAAUCGACUACUAAUGUACUGGUGUGUAUUUUGUGAUAAACCCGAGCUCAGGAGACACUGAUGUGUAAAGGAGCGUCUAUGUUGAUAGGGUUACACAUUUUCUUUAGGAAUUUAGCAACCUUUUUUGCAGAAGUUACAUAGACGUUAAUAACGCUGGUGCAUCACAUCAUUCUCACUUUGAUACGGCUUUGAAAAUCAUUAGGGAUAAAAAUAUAGAAAAUAUUGAUUAUAGGCUUUUUAAAGAUGUUUCACUUUGUGAUGCCCUCGCGCAUCUGUGUUAAUAAUCUGUGUUUAAAUAAGAUCGUGUUCAUGUCUUUAUAGAGCCAUUGUGGGUAUUUCCAUUUUGUGAUUUAUUUUAUGAAGCGUGUCACAAUCAUUUAGUGUGAUCUGAAACUUGAUGGUUCUCCAUCGGUUGGAUUUUAGCAGCGCUCAACUGAGUUGAAAGAAAACUUGUAAACUUUGUGACAGAGUCAUUCAUGAAUUUCUUGCUGUCGGUUUCUAAUAAUUUAGAAAGUUUAAUGUGUAAUCACUUUGUGUGAUCAUCUCUGGUUUUCUUAAAGCCAUAGAAGAGCCCGUGUCCUAACCAGGUGUGAUGUUAUUAAAUGUUAAAGGAGACAUAUGAUGAAAAUCUGACUUUUUUCAGUGCUUUUAUCAACCUAGAAAAUGUGAAAAAGAUCAACCAGUAACUUAGGUUUGGUAAACCAUUCUCUGCAAGCAGCUCAUUGAAAUUUGGCUCCCCUUGUGAUGUCAUAAGGGGAUAAUACAAUGCCAUUUAGUGCAGAGAUCAGCUCAUUUGCAUUUAAAAGGACACACAAAAACUGCUAUUUUUCGCUCACAUCAACAAUGUGUCAAUUUUAACAUGCUAUAAUAAAUUACCUAUAUGGUAUUUUGAGCUAAAACUUCACAUACGUACUCUGGGGACACCAAAGAUUUAUUUGACAUCUUAAAAAAGUCUUGUGAGAUAUGCCCUUUAAAACUUUUUCCAUGUAGAUCAGAUUUGCAAGCAACAGAACAUAUAGUGGAUCACUUCGAUUUAUUUAUUCGUCUUCAUGGACACGAUUUUCAGCUUUUUUUAGUGUCAUUUAACACUGAAUGGAUGAAUGAAUGACAAGCUCGCCUCUCGCUUUUUGGUAACAUUGUGCAAGACAAAAAAGAGGGUGACAUCUAGUAAAGAAGACUACACUGUAAAAAAUACUUUGCUGCCUUAAAAUUUUUUGUUAAAUCAACUCAGAUUUACAAGUCAUGUCAACAGAGGUGAGUUGUCACAACUUAUAAAAUAUAGUUGAGAAAAGUCAACUUAAUUUUAUAAGUUAUAACAACUCACCUGUAGUUAUAACAACUCAUCUCUAGUCAAGAUAAAUAAUAGUAAGUUGAAAUGACUUGUAAAUGUAAGUUGAUUCAACAAAAAAUUUUAAGGCAGCAAAGUAUUUUUUACAGUGUAGUAAUUAGAUUAACGUUUAUCUUACGUUCAAUGUUUGCGGAAAUAAAUAUGAAAGAAAAAAAUCGAUUCUGCUCUUUGAGAAUCGAUUUUGAAUCGACCACGUAAAAAAAAACCUGAUUAAUCGAAAAAUCUAUUGUUUUUGCCCAGCCCUAGUUUUCUCCUUUCUUUCUAUUUUUUAUCAUAUUCAGACAUCCCAACCCCAAGCGAAAAUAGUCUUACUUCUUAUAUAGAAAUCAGAUUCAAAGCGAUGAUCAAAACAAACGCUGUGUCUGACUCUGAACUGUACGACUGUUUCCGGUUGCAUAAGUUGGGCAAGAGCACCAUCCAGUGGAUAAUAGCGGUAUUAUGGAUUGCCAUAAAAACUCUUCAUUCGCAGGGAAGUGCGUUCUCUUAAUUGACGAGUUAACUUUGUGGGGAAAGAGUUAAAAAUCGAUGUAAAAACACGUAGAACCAGUACAAAAAAUUAAAUCCUAACCUAAACCCCAAAUUUAACCCCAAGGGAAAAUAGUUAAAAAAUCGGGGGGGAAAAACAUGUAGAAACCAAUACAUAAAAUUACAUCCACACCUCAAAUCUCACUUUACUCAUUUUCAAUAUUAAAAUAUGUUAUUACCUUAACUAAGAAUUGUUGAUACAUCCCUCUAUCAUCUGUGUGCGUGCACGUAAGCGCUGGAGCGCGCAGCGACACUUCGAUAGCAUUUAGCUUAGCCCCAUUCAUUCAAUGGUACCAAUCAGAGAUAAAGUUAGAAGUGACCAAACACAUCAACGUUUUUCCUAUUUAAGACGAGUAGUUAUACGAGCAAGUUUGGUGGUACAAAAUAAAACGUAGCGCUUUUCUAAGCGGAUUUAAAAGAGGAACUAUAUUUUAUGGCGUAAUAGCACUUUUGGGAGUACUUCGACUCGCCUGAAAAGUCCGCUCCCCUUCUCCCUCUCAUAAUGGUAGAGGGAGGGUGUUACUGCGUCGAGUCGAAGUACUCCCAUAAGUGCUAUUACGCCAUAAAAUAUAGUUCCUCUUUUAAAUCCGCUUAGAAAAGCGCUACGUUUUAUUUUGUACCACCAAACUUGCUCGUAUAACUACUCGUCUUAAAUAGGAAAAACGUUGAUGUGUUUGGUCACUUCUAACUUUAUCUCUAAAUGGUACAAUUGAAUGAAUGGGGCUAAGCUAAAUGCUAUCGAAGCGUCGCAGCUUGAACGGUUAGUGACGCCCUCCAAAUCACUGACUGUGAUGCAUUAUUUGUCACUUUGUGUGUCACCUGGUUAGGACACUGUGCUAGUUGUUGUCUGUCUUUUGCUGUAUGUUUAUACUCGACAGUCUGCGAUGUAAUAUUGUUAGAGUCUUCUGGAUAUAUUAGGAAUUUCCUUGUUGGCAUUUAGUAGGAGAUUGAAGGCUUAUACAUAGAGUAUCAUAAAUCCCUGCUUCAGUAUUUUGGGAUGGUGUGUAUAUAAAAUGGCAGGACUUGCCACAUUUUUUGUGGCACACAUUAAAAUUUAGAUUGCACUUUAAAUAACUCAAAUGUCUUUUGAUGAUCCAGUAGGAAUUUUGUUCCAUUAUUUAGUGUUAUUAUGAAUUGCCAAGUGUGUUACACAAGAGGCAACAGAUUUGUCAUGUCAUUGUUACUGUAUGUGAUUGUGUGUUCAACAAAUCAAUGAAUCAUUUUUCACAUUAUUCAGAAAUGUUGUCACUUUUCUGUGACUAAGAGUUGUGUUGUAUUAGCAUGAGGGGAAGAAACAUAAUGGCUAAAGGAGAGGAAUUGCCAAACGUAAAUAUAAAUAUAUAUUAAUUGUAUUUUAAUGCCAUUGUGUUUGACAUUGGCUUCUUUCUCAAGAGUGUUUGGUUUUUCUGAUCUGACCGAAUUGUAAACCGUGAGGAUUAUCGGUCAGUUCUGAUGAAAUUGAGUAGUAGUAAUUAGAAAAUGACAAUGAUAACUGAGUUAUCCCCAUGUUUUUUCUUGAUGUUCUUGCUCAAACAAUUCAUGUGCACAGCUGUAGCAUAGUAUGUUUGUUUUUUUUAAAGUAAAACUUUUGAUAUUGUACUACGCAGCUCUCCAGAUCCGAUUACCUUUGAGAAUGACCUUAAAAUGUAUAUUUUUCACUCUUUUUCUAUCGUUACAUCAUCAAUGCAUACUGUCACAGUUCAACAUAAACAUCUUCCGCAUUUCUUGCAUUGGUUGACCAAGCAACAUGGACAAAAAAAUGGGACGGUCUAUAUAAUGAAAUUAUGAAAAACUUGACCCUAAUGGAGUACCAUGGAUUACAGCUUACUGUAGUGAUAUCCUGUUCGGGAAUAUCGGGAUAACUAACGCUGGAUGCUUGAUUCGUCGGCACACUUGGAAUGACAUCAUCAACGGUGAUGUGAUUGAGAAUUCUAGAAAACUUUCUUGAAAUCGGACUUUGCAUUUAUGUGCCGGACGCCACAGCUGUCUAACCAGAUUGAAGUCUUCUUGAGAUGACGGAUAUUGCAGGACAGCAGGACCUUUGGCUGUCUGGUGUCUCCAUCACUGAUCUGGUGGCUGUAGGGCCAGCGUUUGUAUGUGUGCUCAAUGUGAUUAUGCAUUCAUCACUAUGAAUAAUAAUAAUAAUAAUGAGAUAACAGUAAUAACAAUGCUGAGCGUUCAGAUGUGUUCGUAAUGAUGGUGUGCAUUUUUGAAGCUGUAUUACUGACUGAGGUUUAAUAAGAUACUUACACAGUGUAUUUGUAGCAGUUUUCCUCCUAAAUAAACACAGAUGCACCCAU